AUGCCAGCGCUGCACCUUGUGGACAGCCUCUACGCCUGGUUCAUGGCGGCCAUAUGCUUUUGGAUUCAGAUAUGGGCCGCCAUCAUCUUCCGCAGCGCGGGCGUCCUUCUGGUUGGCCUGGUGUCCACCUUCCGCGUCUCCCGCGAGCAGGCAGCGUGGCCCUUCGAGAUCUGCAGCUCCAUCACCUUGGCGCAAGGUGCCGGGGUGGGUAUCAUGGUGCCCACAAACGUGGUGGUUCUGAACCGCUACUUCGACGUGUACCGGACAUCGGCGAGCGGUCUGAGCUUCGCCGGGGGAGCGCUCAGCAGCAUCCUGCUGCCGCCGCUCAUCGGAAGGCUGCUGGACACGUACGGCCUGCAGGGCACCGUGCUCAUCGUGGGCGCGCUCGUGCUCAACGCGAUGGCCGGCUCCGUCGCACUCCGCUCGUCGCCCAGCUUCCCGAGGCCGCCGCACCAACACGUGUUCAGCACCACGGACACGAGAUGCAGCAGCAGCGAAAACUCGCAGAACAAGAACCCCGUCAGCGACCUCCUGGUGUGGGAUAGCGGCAUCGUCCUUUCCGCGCUGCCGUCGUGCUCGUCUGAACCUCGGCGACGAAGACAUCGUGGGGUGAGAUGCCGCACGUAG